AUGGCUCCUUCCACCACGCAGCUCGUGGGCCUCCUCCCGCUAGCAGCCCUCUCCUCAGCCACCACCCUCUACUCAACCUAUAACUUCAACCCUCUCGAGCACCUCGGCGGCGUGGCGCCCUACUUUGAACCCCAAGACCCUCCCACGUCCCCUGACGCGCCUCAAGGCUGCUCCGUGUCCCGGGCCGCCUAUCUCAACCGCCACGCCGCCAUCUACGCUAACGAUUUUGACUUUGAGACCUACAUCGAGCCCUUCAUCUCCAAGCUCGAGAACAACACGGGUAUCGACUGGACCAAGGUCCCCUCGUUGAAUUUCCUAGCCACUUGGACCGCGCCUCUAUCCGAAUCGGAGCAGGAGCUGCUUACCCAGGUUGGCAAGCUCGAGGCUACGCAGCUGGGUGUGGAUUUGUCGUUCCGCUAUCCUAAUUUGAAGUUGCCUCAGCGCAUCUGGACUUCCUCGGCUGAGCGCACAGAGAAGAGCGCCAAGUCGCUUGUUCGUGGGCUCGAGAAGGAGGAUAACACUAUUAAUGUGGUUAGCGUGUACGAAUCGGCUGAGUCCGGCGCCAACAGUCUGACGCCGUAUAAGGCGUGUCCGGCUUACAGCUCGUCGGCGGGAAGUGAUGAGUCGGCCGUGCACCAGAAGAUCUUCACUAAGCCCAUCAAGGCAAGGUUCAAUGCCGCGGUGCCCGGGUUCAACUUCACGACAGAGGAUGUGUAUGGCAUGAUGCAACUGUGUGGGUACGAGUCCGUCAUUAGGGGUCGCUCGCCGUUCUGCGACCUGGAUCUAUUUUCGCCGGAUGAAUGGUUGGCUUGGGAGUACACCGAAGAUGUCAGAUACCAUUAUAACGUCGGCUACGGCAACAACGUUGCCGGCUACGUUGGCCUCCCCUGGCUCAACGCCACGGCCAACCUUCUCAUGAGCGAGACCCCCGGUGCUGAUGACCUCUACGUUAGCUUCACCCACCGCGAGCUGCCUCCUAUGGUCUUCGUCGCCAUGGGUCUCUUCAACAACUCUGCUUUCGGAGGGUCAGAAGCUACCGUCAAUGAUACCAUGCCUCUUGACCGCAUUAACCACCAACGCGUCUGGAAAAGUUCUCAUGUUCUUCCGUUCUUGAGUAACCUUGCAAUCGAACGCAUGAACUGCACGGGGAGCUACGGGUACGAGGAUGGGGAGUAUUACCGCGUGUUGGUGAAUAGCGCGCCGCAGUCGUUGGUGGAGUGUGCGGAUGGACCGGCCACAAGUUGUUCCAGAGAGGCGUUUGAUGAGUAUGUCCAACAUAGAGGAGAGCUAUUUAGGGGGUUUUCCGAGAUGUGUGGUACCCAGUAUGAGAACACGACGGAUACCAUGUCCAUUUAUAGUGAUAGCUCGUUGGGAAAUGGGACGGUGGUGGGGAAGAGAUAUGAGGCUUUCCGUCUGUAG